CUCUAUAUGUAGUUGGGCUGUAGCAGCUUCACACACACUCUCUCACACACACACACACACACACACACACACAAUCUCACACACACCAACAAUCCUCCAUCAUGCACGGCAGAGAACAGAUCAGUCACGAUGAAUACCAGAAGUCGGCCGAUUGGCUGAUGUCCCAGACCAAGCACCGCCCCCUGGUGGCCAUCAUCUGCGGCUCUGGCCUGGGCGUGCUGGCCGACGCCCUCAAGUGCCAGGACUCCUUCGCCUAUGCGGACAUCCCGGGCUUCCCGCAGAGCACAGUGCAAGGUCACGCGGGGCGGCUGGUGUUCGGGGAGCUGAAGGGGAAGACGUGCGUGUGCAUGCAGGGUCGCUUCCACAUGUAUGAAGGACACUCACUCUGCAAGACCACCUUUCCAGUGCGAGUCUUCAAGCUGCUGGGCGUGGAGACUUUGAUCGUGACCAACGCCGCCGGCUCCUUGGCCGACGACCUGCGUCCCGGCGACCUCAUGGUCAUCAAGGACCACGUCAACUUCCCGGGUCUGGUGGGCCUGAACCCGCUGUGCGGACCCAACGAUGACAAAUUCGGGCCGCGCUUCCCGGCCAUGUCAGGCUGCUACGACAAAGGCCUGCGUUGCCUAGCGAUGGAGAUCGCAAAGGAGAUGGGCGUGGCCGGCCUCAUGCAGGAGGGCGUGUACGCGAUGGUGGGCGGACCCACUUUUGAGACCAUCGCCGAGGCCAGACUGUUGCAUCGACUGGGCGUGGACGCUGUCGGAAUGAGCACAGCGCCCGAGGUUGUCACGGCGACACACUGCGGCCUGCGAGUCUUCGGCCUCUCUCUCAUCACCAACAAGGUGGUGAAAAGCUACGAGGACACGGACAGAGUGGACCACCAGGGGGUCCUGGAGGUGGGUCGGAUGCGCUCGCAGACGCUGCAGCACUUUGUGAGCCAGCUGGUCUCCAGGAUGGACGUCAACAACAACGGCAGGAAUGUUCUCUGAGAGGAGUUCCCUUUUCUGUGUGUACAGCUGCAUUAUUUUAACGCUAACUUUAUUAUAUAAAUAUAUAUAUAAAACGAAAACCUUUGCAAUUUGAGACAUACUGCAUGCUGAUGUGGAAAAAUAUUUAUAUAAUGGAGAUGCUGAAUAAGAGUGUAAGGAUUAACCCCUGAUGUACAGUAUUUGUUAUUGUAGACAUAAAUGUGGUUUCAAUCAA